GUACUUAUAUAUUAAUGAAUUUAAAAAGAAUAAGAGUAAAUAGUAUUUCGUUUGAAAAUCAAUGAAAAUAAAUUUAAUACUUAUAUAGUGCUAAUAUAAAUGUUUUUUAGUACCUAAACAAAAAUUUAUGAAGUGUUCAAAAUUAAUAGUUUCUAAAUACUUAACUAUAACAUUUUCAGCAAUUCUGGGUAACCAUCGAUUGUUAACUUAACAGCACAUCUCUAUAAAAUGGAUUUUUCAACUCCACGUGAAUCUCAACCGUUACUAAAUCAAAAAAAGUCAAAUCAAAAACCGCAGAAGUGGCCUUUCCGUGGGAUUUUAUUUGGAUUAUUAUUCCUCGGUGCUCUUUAUCUUUUAUAUGUUUUUAUUAAGUAUGAAAUACAACCAGCAUCCAAUGACACCACUAAGACAUGGAAGUUAAAACAAGUUUCAAGUAUUGCAACUACAAAUGAUGAUUACGUAAAACAAUGCGCUCCUCGAGUUAAAUGUGAUCCAAACGCUAAAUAUAGAAGUUUAAAUGGAUCAUGUAACAAUUUGAAUACACCUACAUGGGGAGCAGAAAAAACACCAUUCUUUCGUUUACUUAACGCUAAUUUCAGUGAUGGUUAUUAUAAACUUCGAUUACAAUCAAAUGGAAGUGCAUUACCUAGUCCAAGAGAGGUCAACAUUAAAGUCUUUUUGGAUCAAGAAAUAUAUCAUGUUGAUGAAAAUAAUGUACUUUUAGUGCCAUUUGGACAAUUGAUAGCUCAUGACGUAUCAGGUUUAUUCCUCGACAUUCCAGGAAACGGCAAGGGCGGAGUAGUAGAUGGUUGCGUUGAUGCAAAUGCAAGAAAAACAUAUACUCAAUGUCAAAUGGUAGUCGACAACCCACCUGACGACCCUGUUUAUGCUAAACAUAACAUAUCUUGUAUGGGGUUAUUCCGUUCGUUAACGUCGAGAAAUUAUAGUUGUCCAUUAUACCCCACAGCGUUCGUUAACAACAAUACUCAUUUUAUCGAUGCAUCUGAAGUAUAUGGGCAGAAUUUAGAUUAUUCACUACAUCUAAGAAUGAUGGAAGGUGGACGACUAAAUUUCUCAAUUAACAAUAAUGGUGAAAUGUUCUGUCCAUUCUUGGCCAAUAAAAAUUUGGACCUUACCGUACAUUCUAUAAAGGACACCGAAUAUGACACAGGUGAUCCUGAUAACGGAAAUCAAAAUUUAGGAAUAAUUGCGAUGCAAACAUUAUUCUUAAGGUAUCAUAAUUAUAUCGCUUUUAAACUUUCGACUUUAAAUUCUAAUUGGUCAGAUGAAAUUCUUUAUCAGGAAUCUCGCAGGAUAGUUAUUGCAACUAUUCAACGUAUCUUGUAUAAAGAUUUUUUACCUAUAAUUAUCGGAGAAGAUUUUCAAGAAGCAUAUGGAUUAAAUGAAGAGAAUAUUUAUGACCCUACCAUUAAUCCAUCUACAUCUCAGGAAUUUUCAACUGCUGCUUACCGUAUUCUUCAUUCGCUUAUACCUGUUCAAUUCAAUUUUAUAAAUAAAGACUACAAAACAGAAUUUUCAGUUAACGUUACAGAUUGGAUGAGAGAAUCUAAUUUAAUACCUAUACAAAAUAAUUUUGAUAAAUUACUCAAAGGAUUUUUGGAGACACCUGGGCGAUUGAUUCAGUCAUCGUACAAUUAUUUUAUAUCCAACUUUAUGCUUGCUAAACCUAACCAGCCUCCAUAUACAGGACGUGAUUUACUAACCAUUGAUAUCGUUAGGGGUCGUGAUGUGGGUUUACAGCCAUACAAUUAUGUUAGACAGUUUUGUGGACUACCAUUGGCGAAUGAUUUUGAAGACUUAGUAGAUCUGAUACAUAUAAAAGAUAUAAAGAAACUAAAAGGACUUUAUAACACUGUGAAUGAUAUUGACUUAAUGGUAGGUAUUUUAUUAGAAAAACACAGUGAUGGUGCAAUUGUGGGUCCUACUGCACAAUGUAUAAUGGCCGAUAGUUUUUAUCGGUAUAAAGCUGGUGAUCGAUUUUUCUACGAUGUACAAGGACAACCCGGUAGUUUUACUAAAGAUCAAUUAAAAGUGAUUCAGAAAAUUACUUUUGGCCAUGUUCUUUGUGCUACUACAAAUGUGGAUGAUAUACAAGAUAAAAUUUUUAAAGUGGUCGAUCACAAUUUAUUCCCGACAAACAAACUGAAAUGUGACGAGUACUAUUUGGAUCUUACGGAAUGGGAAGAAUUAAACGACCACACAGAGCUGUAAUUAAAUCAAAAUAAAUAUUUACCACCUUUACUGGGUUUUCAACUCUA